GGACUUUUGCUGCAUUCUGUUCCCUGUCUUGUUGCCGAGUGAGGAUACCAUCUUGUUUCUUUGUAGGCCUACUGCAAACUCAUAAAACUCCCCACCAUGGUUGAACAGUUUGUUGGAACCUGGAAGCUCACUGCCAGCGACAACUUUGAUGAAUACAUGAAGGCAAUCGGUGUGGGCUUUGCAACUCGUCAAAUGGGUAACAUGGCCAAGCCUAACCUUGUGUUUAGUGUGACUGAUGGGGUCAUCUCUAUGAAGGCACAAAGUACUUUCAAAACCACGGAAAUCUCCUUCAAACUCAAUGAGGAGUUUGAUGAAACCACAGCAGACGACCGAAAGACAAAGACCACCUUCACCUUUGAGAACGGCAAACUCGUGCAAAAACAGACAUGGGACGGAAAAACUACAAUACUUGAACGUGAGAUUCAAGAUGGAAAACUAGUGGCUAAAUGCACCAUGGACGACAUUGUUGCAGUAAGAACAUAUGAAAAGGAGGCAUAAAUUGAACUCCAGAUGUCUUGCUACAGAAUGCUUGUCUUCAAUAAAACUAAAUCUUGUAUAA